UUAUAUAUACCUGCAAUUGCUCUGAGGUGAUGACGUUGAAGGUCGUCCCAUUGGUAGAGUUUGCCACACCGAUGAUAGAACCAACAGGCAAAGAAACCGGUACACCAACUCCAGGAACACCCGGAACACCCGGUACAGAAGUGACGCUCGCCGUGACGGCCACAGGAUGCGCCUCGUGUUCGGUCGUUAGGGCGGACGCUUCCUCGGUUUCGCUCGUCAACGGUUCGGACAUGUCCGGUAGCACGGCGACACUUUCCGAUGUUUGACUCUCCUCCAUUUCGGCUGUUCUCGCCUCGCGCACGUAAUGGCAUCAGCGCGCACGCUCCUAAUAGCGCCACACGAAACGCUUUUGUAAUGCCGAGCAAGCGCUUCUCUCACUUACUCUAUCGCCAUUCUUACGAAUUUACGUUUCUUCACAAAAGGAUAUGUUUUUUCUUUUUGCAUACUUUUACUCGAAAGGAUGAUUUUGCAUCUGCAAAUAAUGCAGUAAAUUCGAAAUUAUACGAAAAUGAAAAUUCGAAUGAAGUAUUAAAUGAUUCUCAACUCAAAGAGCAAUCGUCGAUAGCGACGACACAAAAACCUUUAAUUUUUAUGAAAUUAGAAAUGAUUAAACCAAGCAUGGAAGGUGUGUCAUCAAUGAACCCGGAGAAAGAUUUUUCGUAUAUCGAAGAAGAUACAAUGACGGAAUUGCCCUUUUUAGAUAUUACAAACAAUGAAUCGAUCCAAAACGUAACCAAUAUCGAAGAAAAGGUUAUUAACGGUUCAAAAUUUACUUUUUCUGCAAAGCAAACGAAGGAGAUGUCAAUGAAACUUACAAUUAGUUGUGACGCUACGACAACGCAAGCUGCAAUCCCUUACUCUUCGUCCGUGUCAACUAUGGCAUCCAUGGUACCAACAAAAGAUAUUUUACAAAUAUCCACUACUCCUUUAUCUUCCAUAGGAUCUAUUCCUAAAAGCGAGAUUCUAACAAUCACUACAGAUUAUAACAAUCGUUCGCCCGAUGUACACAGUAUACUUGUAGAUGUAGUCGAUCAACACGAUCCAACGUCAAUAUUUAAUCGAGAUCUACAGCUGUCGAUCGAAGAAGCGUUUGAUUUACCACGACGAAGUAUAUCAUCUAUAAGAAAUAAUUUCGUUAAUCGAGUAAGACAAUCUCGUAGAAUUUGGAGAUUAAGAAAAUAUCUAUGUUGUAUUGCAACGACGGACGAAGAGACAGAUACGGUUCCACGUUUGAGAGGGGCUCCACCUACAUAUUCAUCGAUAUAUGUUAGCCCAGGAACGAUAUUACGUCAAGAAUCGUUAAUUGCACGAACAAAUUUACACGAUAUUAGAAGAUUUAUUUUUUCACCUACGAAUCAAUCGUCUUUUGUAGCACCUACUCCUCCACCAAGUUAUGCUCAAUCUCAGGGUAUUCAACUUAGUCCAUAUUUUACGGAAGAAGAUCUUUCCGUUUCACCAAGUGCUAAUUCUUGGUCCCCAAGACCCAUAGCUACUAUUUGUACACGAUGCUUAGCCCUUGUCAUUACUCUGACAGAAGUUCGUCGAUCAAAUAUUGUACAUUUAAGUGCAUUUCUUCUUUGUCUUUGUGGAAUUAAUUAUUCAUUAUUUAUCGAUAUUGAUAUUAACAAUAGAUGCUGGCCUUGUUGUAUGAUCCCAUAUUGGUUGAAUUCUUGUAAAAAUACCGAUCAUUAUUGUCCUAUUUGUCACACGUAUCUUGGAACUUACACACCUUGGUAAUUUAAACAUAUUUCUACAAAAUUUUCAUUGCAAAUAUUCUUUACACCUUUUUUACUGAUAAGUUAGCGCAUAAACAUUAAAAAAUUAUAAAAAUAUAUUUAUAAAUAAACUACAUUUAAUUGAACAAUGAAAUAUAAAGUAAAAAAUUAUUAAAUUUCAAAAAUUAUCUUACAAAUUAAUAUUACCACAAAUAAUAGUUAGAUAGUGUUAUUCUUAAUUUUUUUUCAUGGGUGUCACUCAAAGGUUUGUUUCAAAAAACCCCCAAAAAAUAAAUUAUUUCUUUCUACCCUUAAUAAUUGAUGUAUAAU